AUGGCAAAGAGAACCUACCUGGAGUGGCCAAAGGAGAGGAGCAAGCAUGCGCUUUUCUGGGCUAACCUGAGGGCAGCUAUUAGCAUUAAUCUGUCCCUGGCUUAUGGACAGAAAUGUGGAGAAACAGAUUAGAAGUCUUUAUAAUGCGGUUUCUUCUAUUUUUUAUUUUUUUUUUUGUGAAACAUUAAAUACUAUUUUAUUUCCACUGAUUUUCAAUAUAUUUCUCUUUUUAUAAUAAAACCUUAUAUCUAGAUAGUUGGUUAUGCUUUGUCACUAUAUGAAAAAUUCAGCCUGCCUUACUAGAAGUCACUUUAUAUGGACACAAAGAUAGAGUUUGGAUAUGGAUUUUGAAGCCAUUCUUGAAAUAUUGUAGUAUUGUUUUUCUCAACAGAAUAAAAUCUUAAGCAGUUAAUAUAGUCAUAUUGAAGAGCCUGAAUUGCUGGUGACUUAAGAGAUAUACAUUAAUCACAAAGCUUAGACAUCUUGAUCACAGGACCUCUUGUUAAAAUUAAUUUGCAAGGAGGAAAUUUAUCUAUCCUGCUAAGAUGUCUAAACGUUCAGCAUUUGAGGUGGUUCCUGGGUAAUGUUUUCUCAGACUGUGAAACUUAUAGUAUGGGACCCAGGUAUACGACUCCAAAUACCUAGCACAUGGGGGCAGGCAUGGCCAUAUCGAAAAAGUGGACUGAAUGGGGAAAGAAGGGAGAUUUUUUUUUCUGAAAAAAGAAGGAUGAGCUUUUCAUGUUUGCUGCCAAGAAUAAGUAGUGGGUGGACAGAGAUGUAAUUCUCAUCCUGUGAUAGACUCCUGGCACCAUCUUGAUCCUGAGUGUUAUCUUGAUCAAUGAAACUAAGGUGUUGCCAGAAUUGCCUUCAUUAUCAUUGGCUGCAUCUUGAGAAACUUGACUUCUCUACCUCCUCCUUUUCUUUAGAUUUAUACUUUUAUUUUUCUCAUACGUGUAUCUAAUUUUAAGCUUACUAUCAAAACAAUGUGAUCUCCUUCAGUGAUGACAUGAUCUGCUUAGUAGAUAAGAGAAAAGCUGUGGAUGUUGUUUAUGUGGAUUUUAGUGAAGUGUUUGACGCUGUUUCCCACAGUAUUCUGGAGAGGUUGGCUGCUCAUGGCUUGAACAGGAGCAUAGUUUUCUGGGUGAAGGACUGGCUGGAUGACCAGUCUCGAAGAGUCACAGUGACUAGAGCUCAUUUCAGUUGGUGCCUGCUCACCAGUUGCAUUUCCAGGGCUCAGUGUUGGGGCUAGUUUUGUUUCAUGUUUCUAUCUAUGAUCUGGAUGAGAGGAUUGAGCGUACCCUCAGUUCGUUCACAGAUAACACCAAGUUAGGCAGGACUGCAAAACUGCUUCAUGCUAGGAAGGCUCUGCAGAGAGAUCUGGACAGGCUGAGUCCAAUCUCAUACCAUUUAGCAAGACUCAGUGCCCGGUACUUCACUUGGGUCUUAACAACCCAAUGCAGUGGUACAGGUUUGGGGAAGAAUGGCUGGAAAAUUUCAUUGCAGGAAAGGACCUGAGGGUGCUGCUUAGCAGCUGGAUGAAUGUGAACCAGCAGCGUAGGCAGGUGGCUGAGAAGGCCAAUGGCAGCGUGGCUUGCAUUGGAACUAGUGUGGCCAGCGGGACUGUGGAAUUGAUUGUCCUUUGCGCUAGUGAGGCUGCACCUUGAAUAUUGUGUUCCAUUUUGGGCCCCUCACUACAGGAAGGAUACUGAGUUGCUUGAGCAUGUAAUGAGAAUAGCAACAAAGCAGGUGAAGGGACUAAAAACCAAGUCUUUCGAGGAGUGAUUGAGGGAACUGGGGUUGUUUAAUCAAGAGGAGACUGAAGGGAAACCUCAUUGCUCUCUACACCUACCUGAAAGGAGGUUGCAGUGAGGAGGAUGUUGAUCUCCUUUCUCAGGUGACAAUUGAUAGAGCAUAAGGGCUCAAGUUGUGCCAGAGGACGAUUAAACUAGACAUUAGGAAGAAUUUCUUAACAGAGAGGGUGAUCUAACAUUGGAGUGGGCUGCCAUGGGAAGUGGUGAAGUCCUCAUCCCUGGAGGUAUUUAAAAGACAUAUGGGUGUGGCUCUGUAAUACAAAAGCACCACCGCUUCUGUUUAAGGUUUACCAAUCCUGAAGAAAGCACACAGAGGCAAGUAAAAGUUCAUCAGUUUAAUAGUGAGGUACUCACAUUACUGGGGGCAGCUGGCUGGUCAUUCUUCACCAAAUUCUCAUUACCAGUGACGUCUAACCAGUAUAGUGUCCACCCUGGGAUUACCCCAAGCAGAUACCAAUGGCAGCAGGCCUGCAUGAUAUCUGAUAACCAUCCUUAGCACUGUGGCCGUGUAUAUCAGCGGGAGACAAUAAAGCAUCACGUAUCAGAAUAGUCAAGCCAUUCACAGGAAGUAAGGAGACUUAGUUACAGCUACAGAGCAGUUUCUCACAAACAAGUUUCUUCUACAUACAGAAGCUAGAGGCAGUUUACUUGAGUUCUCGAGAUAACAUGAGCCCUUUCUCAUGGGCUAGUUGCUGUGAUCUGCAUUUUUCCACAAAGGCUCUAAGAGACAUGGUUUACGCAUAGGACUUGGUGGGUCAAGUUGAAACUUGGACUUGAUUUUGAUCUUUUCCAACCUAGAUGAUUCUGUAAUUCUAAGAAUCUGUUAUUUACGGUGGAAACAGUAUCUUUUGCAGCACAGCUAUAGGUUCCUAAUCAGAAAGGCAUAACCUGUCAGAGGCUAAAAAAUUUGCAGUAUUUUGUUACAACUGAUAAGACCCUCUAUUUGUGGAGUCAGAAGGACAACAUUUUCUGUCCUGUAUAGGAAUAUUGCAGGCCGCUUUACCUGUAUUUUUGGUGUUUUGUCUUCAAGAAAACAUGGCUGGAUUCCAACAGACAUUCACAACUGCUGAAGAUCAUCACAACAAGUUUCCUCUGUCCCUAGAAGGACAAGUGUUUGCCAUCUUGAAUACCAGACUUAGAUGAUCAACAAUCAGGAAGUUAUACUAAAAAUUUUCAUCAUAAAAGAGAGAAGAUAUAUUGAAAUGAAAUCCUUAUUGAAGGUCUGCAUUUUUAUCACCUUCCAUCUUUCAUUAUUAUUUGCUAAAUAUUUUAAUUGUGACUUUUUUUCUGAGGUCUGAGCAGGCUGAGAUCUCUUGACUUGAAGUAUUGAACUGUGAACAACUGUCUAAGGAUUUGUAGGGAAAAGAUCAAAUUUGAAACUUUUAGAUGUCUUGUUCCAUUUAGCCUCAAAAUUAAUACAACAAACGUAUUAACAAAUUGCAGGCUUUUCAUUCAGGACUGUGGGAAUAAUUUUUUUCUGUGCAUCCUCUAUCCCCUCGAACUAGUGCUUCAGUGUAUGAUUCAUAUAAUCUUCAGGCAACUGGAGGCGAACCGCCUUAGUGUGAUUUGCCCAUUUCUUUUGCACAGCGGCCUGCCUACAUGGUGGCUUGCUUGAAAAUUUUCUUCAGAAGCCUCAGAGUUUUAGUCAGCAGUCGCUGAAACUAUGAACUCAUUUGGCUUCUUCUGUUGGCUGGAGAAGAGGGGAAUAUCCUUGGAAAGUCGCAGAACUCACUUGGAGUCCUUUGUGCUGCUCAGGUGAGAGCACACACCCGUUGUUGGAAAAUAUGUCUUUUAGGCGUAGUGGAAGAUUUUAGCUGGGGUUUGCUUACCAUUUUGGAAAGAACUUCCAAACUAGAUAUACCUUUGGCAAGACAGCUGGUGUGAUCAAACAGAAAUAUGUAAUUACAAGUCUCUGGUAUAUGUCCAAUAUCCUUGAGUGAAUAAUGUUGGAAAAAGAGGCUUGUGAUAAAAAUGGAGAAAUAUUAAAUCUGGUAAUUUGGAACUGGAAGGUCCCAUACUGUUACACUCUUGUCCAUGCUGUGUGCCAGAUAAUUGGCAAAAGAGCUACACAUGGUGUGAAUCACUGCAUCUAGUUUCUCAGAUUCUGCAGGGGAAAAGAUUUCUCUAGAGAUAUAUCAGGAUAUUCCAAACAAUUAUUCAAAAAAUUAUCCAUACUCUGAACACUUUAUAUAAAAGCAGUUUCAGUCCAAGAAGAAGCUUUUCCCAUAUGUGGGGCCGUGUGUUAACCUCACAUCCCAUGUCACUCUCUCUGCUGGCACUAGUAUCUGCACAUUUGGAAAAGUAGCUGCCCUUUUCCAUGCACACAGGUCAUGUGUAUCUGUGGCUGGUUCUACACAGGAAGCUGUAACUGCUAAUGAACUACACAUAUCAGAAAAGGGUGUAUGUAAAUAUAUUCUAAUGUCAGAUACCAUAUCAGCAGAUUCCUGGCAUUUGGCUAGUCAUCUCAGUGACUAGCGGGAAUGCUAUUUUCACAUGCACAAUAAUAUCAACAGGCAGAACCGAUAACAUAGGAGUUAACCACCUUCCAAACCCAGAAAAUGUGCAGAAUGAAGCAAAUAUGCUUUUACGUAUGUUUAAGUAGUGUUUAUAGAGGAAACCUAACUGUGACAGAAUGGAAGUCAGGAUGCACGUGGGGGUUGCCCUGCUGAGAGCUCAGCUCUUUUUUGUCUUAGAAACAUCGCAAAGCAUCAUCUCUGAAGCUCAGAUGCAGCAAAUUAGACCAAGGAAAAGUGCUUGAGAGGGGAAAGGGGGAUUCCAUGGGAUAUGAGGCAUUCUGCUGAAGGGAAGGUUCAAAACCUCCCGCAAACCCAUGUUUUUACUCAGUGUUUCAGAUAGAUACAGUUUUUUCUUUCAGAAACCUUUACCAAGAGUUUCUGUAAUGAUCAUUUUCAGUUGCUGCUCAUUUGAGGGGAAGCAGUACUGAUAAACCAAUAAAUCAGAAAGUUCUGUGUUCUGCAAGGUGGUUCUUUGUUAUGGGGAACACAGUUUGACUUCCAUGCUUUGUUCUUUGUGUCUGUCUAUGCCCAAGCAAAAUAGGCUUGGGCAUUAAAUGCAACAAUAUCUCAGUUUGAGUUCUGGCGGCAUUAGCAUUCAUUUUGCCUAAAUGACACACGGGAAUAAGCUGUGACAGUGAAAGAGCUGCCAUUGAAGCUAAGGUCUUUAAUAUGACCAAACACUAACCUAGCCACUAGCAACUUCUAAUAAUUGUAUUAACGUUUAGUAAAUGCUUGGAUGAGUCCAGCUGCUCUGGGUAUGUUUUAACUCAGUGUUUUGCACAUGCAAGUUACCUCUAGGCAUUCCCAUUGGAGAGAUUUUUCAAUCAUUCAGGGGCAGCACCAGUCCUAAAUAGCUUCUGAAGUCCAGCUGAGUGUAGCUGCUGUUCCUCUCUGGGUACGUAAACACAAUAUGUAGGCAGAAGUGUGAAAUGCACCUUGAGGAAAGGCUGUUUGUGAAGAUAAGUGCUCAUUGGUAGCAUCAGUUACAAAAACAAAACAACUGGAAAAAUAAAAAGACACCAGAAAACGGCAGCAGUAUAGACAAGUACUAGAAUUAGAUGUCUGUGUUAGUAAGGGUAUGUUCAGGACAAAGGGUAGUAUUUAGCUGCUACAUUCAUUAUGCAUGGACAGAAAUACACUGCUUUUUUUUUCAUAUCAUGCAGAAUGACUUAAUCAGCAAACAGAAACCACCCUGAAACAAAGCUUUCCUGAAUGCACUAGGAAAAAUAACAUCAAGCACUGCCCUUAAAGAAUUAACAGAAGUAUUUAGGAGUGUUGGUUUUAUUUUAACUCUUUCCAAACUUUUGUUUAUGGUGCAAAUCUCUCUAAAGUACAAAACAGUUUUGAAAAAACAGUUUUGUAAAAAACAGUUUUGAAUGUACCUUGAAGUCUGAUAAAGAAGGAUGGAGAGGACAUUAAACAUAUUACAAAUGAAGAUGUAGGUACCUUUAAUAGCCUUGUGUGUACUGGAGUAAAUUUUGAAGAAAGCUGAUGGUAUUUUUGAUUUUGCUUACACAGCAAAGAUUUUUCAGUAAUGAUACUGGUGAGAAAACUGGCAUCAGUUUCCAGAAUAUUGUUCUUAAUUUGAUUAUGAUAAUAAUGUUCUGUCAGCAAGCGCCUCAGUCUACUUAUUUGCAUGGCUUAAUGCUCACCAGUGGCAACUUCUCCUUUAAGAUGAAGAAAAGACGAUAUCAGCUGACAAUCAGACUCUUGCUGCUUAUUGAGAAACACUCAUGAUUCCCAGUCUUGUCUAGGGAAACAGAUGGCUCAGAGUGUUAACCUGCAAUGAGUUACACAGAUCCAUUACACUGAGGAAAGCAGAAUGCUUUACUGUCACGAGGUUUCAGCACGACAAUCUUACUCAUCAAUCUUAAAAUGAAAGAUAAAUUUUCUUCCAGCAAAGAAAAAAGGUUACAUUCUUCGUUACAAAAUUGAAGAGGUAAUCGUAAAAGAGAAGUUUAGGAGGAAUCUAGUGCAAACUUCAAGUAUAUCUGGCACCAGUUGUUAGAAUAAAUUUUCAUACUUGUCGGCUUUCUUUAGCUGAAUACCUUCUUGCAUUUAAAUUUCCUCCAAGGUGCUGUUCUGUGGUGAGGAGUAAGCUCUAGACUGAGUCCAGAAUCAGCCAGGGUGCUCCAGUUUGCUUAUACUUGAAGAAUUCAUUACAUACUUCAUGCCUUUAAUCUUAAAAAUCAUUAAGAUGAAAUGAAUCUUCAUUUAUUUCACUCAUCUUCUUUCUUCCUUGCUAAUUAAUCUUACUGAAGCAUGUUAAAUUAGUUUGGAGGCUCAUGGGAAUUAGAUGUUUUCAGUUAUUCUGCCUCUGAAGUGCACUGGCUCUGCUCUGUUGAUUUGUUCACUAGGUUCUCGCCCCUGUUCAAACCUUUAAUUGAAUGACUGUUUUAUGGGAUUUCUCCAUCCCCAGAUUGCCCUCUGUUGCUUUAUUCUUCAUGGCUGUCCUUCAGCCUUCAUGUCACAUAGUAUCGGUAGUUUUGGUUUUUUUACAAUUUUUUUUUUUAAUUAAGGUACAACAUGGCAUUUCCCUGGUUUAACCAUCUAAGCCAUAUCUAGUGUAAAGAGGACUGACCUGUGAAAGUUUUGAAUUGUGUUAGUUUGCCUGGUAAUACUAUUUAUAUCUAAGCUUUUAAGUCUGCUAAUGUGCGACUAUCAUUAAUGUGCCUGCUGAGGAAAAUAACUCAGAGGGGAAAAGCUCUGCAAAAGGUUUUGAUAUGAAGAGCAGUGGUCUGUGAAAGUUCUGCUUCCUCUUUUCUGUGCAUGCAAAAGAGGAGAUACAGCGGAUGAACUGUGUAACCAACAGAAAUGGACACAAACUUAGAAAUGCAGAAAUAUUUAAAUAAUCUUACUUUGGAGAACAGCAAAUAGGCUUAUUUCCUCCUAAACCGUACGGUUAAUUAAAUGCUGAAGAAGCAAACAUACUUCAAGUUUGGCUUGUUAAAACUUCCUUUCAUUGUGUUUUUAAUACCUGCUUUGCAGGGAAAUUUUAUUGUUACUUAACAUUAUCCAGCCUACGUAUAAAAACCUGUUCUUCCUACUUCCUGGCGUAGCAGUCAAGGGACAAGCAUCUUGUGUGAGAUUCUCCAGCUGAAGAUUACAUAUGUUUGAAAAUCUGUUUUGAGGUUGUUAACUGAGUACGCAGUAGUCAUUUGUUGGUUCUUCACUCAGAGAUAAACGGAAUCCACAAAAGGUUGGACUUCUUACUGAGGUAUAUUGAACAGAAAACAAAUAUAUGCUUUUGUGUUUCUCUGAAGAAUCUCAAUUCUGAGACACAAAAUGGGACCCCUUACAAGUAUCUAUGUCUUUACUUGUGCGUUUUUAUUCAUACUUUGGAAUAAUAUCCAGCCAACUGUGGAAAAUGAAAUCACUGCAAACUAUUCAGGACACCUGCUAACUGAAGUUCCAAAAAACAUUCCAGUUCAUACUCACAUAUUAGAUUUAUCACACAAUAGGAUCUCUGAGCUUAGUGCCCUGGAAUUUAUUUCUCUUCCUGACCUUCAAGUAUUAAACCUUUCUCAUAAUCUAAUUACAGAACUUGACUUUAGAGUCUUCACAUUUAAUCAAGAUUUAGAAUACUUAGAUUUAUCUCACAAUAACAUUUGGAAAGCUUACUGUCAAAUGCUUGCACGUCUUAGACAUUUAGAUCUUUCUUUCAACAAGUUUACUGUCUUGCCCAUCUGUCAGGAAUUUGGGAUCAUGUUUCACUUGGAAUACCUAGGAUUAAGUGCCAUGAUGAUACGAAGGUCAGACUUCAGAUAUGUGACACAUUUGCAGCUGAACACUGUCUUCCUAACCUUAGAAGACUUUUCUCUGUAUGAACCUCUGAGUCUGACAGCCUUGAAUACAAGGAGCCUUCACAUUGUUUUUGCAGCAAACCAAAACUUCAAUUUUUCCCUCUUAUAUGAUGGAAUGAGAACUUCAGAAAGCUUAAAAAUAGUUAACUUAAGAUAUAACUCGAGCCACAGAGAUUUUCCCUUUCCUUCUUUAGACCUUCUGAAGAAAACCAAAGUAACAGAACUGAUGCUUGACACUGUGGACUUAGAAUGGACUGUCAUUUUGGAAAUUUUCCUGCUAGCUUGGUAUUCACCUGUGGAGCACUUCACUGUGAGAAAUUUGAUUUUUCGGGGAAGAGUGGUGAAGCUGACUGAAUAUAAACUUGUAUCCCUUUCGAGCUCUCUGGAACAACUGAUAUCGUCAGGUGUCUCCAUGAAAGCACUAACUUUGGAGCAUGUUCGAAAUAAGAUGUAUUAUUUCAACCAGGAGAUUCUAUACAGACAGUUUUCAGAGAUGAAUAUUGAUAGUUUGACAAUACAUGAUGCAUGUAUGCCACACAUGCUUUGCCCAAAAAGAGCAAGCUUGUUUCGGUAUUUAAAUUUUUCUCGCAAUGCCCUGACGGAUGAACUGUUCCAGAAUUGUGACACUUUGGCAGAUUUGAAAUUACUUAUUUUGCGUAGGAAUAAAUUUGCUCUCAUGGCAAAGAGAACCUACCUGGAGUGGCCAAAGGAGAGGAGCAAGCAUGCGCUUUUCUGGGCUAACCUGAGGGCAGCUAUUAGCAUUAAGCUGCCAACAUCCUUUGAAACAAACGAGGAGCAAAGCGAUGUUGCAUCUACUAGCAGUAUAACCCAACAUCUGAUUAAGUGACUUGAUUGUCUUGCAUUAGUUUGUGUUAACAAGAGUUUUAUAAGUUUUUUUUUUUUACUGUAUUUUUAGGUUGUCGCAAAGCGUUGUGAAGCCUUUCAAAAUUCUGUUACUUAUUUUAGUCUUGCAAGUAGUCAGAAGUUUUCUGUUAUUUGCCCAUUAUCAAGCCAAGAAUGAGAGAGAAAUUUUCCUAGUGAUUGCACUUAUUUUUUAGACUCGUGUUGCUUUGAUUCUGGAUGCAUCCCAUUGAUUCUAGCUAUAUUUGAAAGUAAAAAAAGGUACUGAUUGAUUCAGUGCCAUCAGGAAUGUUAAGGUCACACACUUAAUCUUUGUUCUGAUGGGGAUAUUGUGGAGUAAAUGUGGUAGGGAUCUUCUUCCUUGAGGUUUAACUAAGUAAUACAAACAAGAAGAAAACUUUUGUUUAAAUCCAUUUCUGUAAACCAGUAUAAUACAUGUCAAGGGUAUAGUAUCUCUACACUUUCAGACCCGUCUGUUAGUUACCCCAGCUCUGUUUUCAUUUCUGGCAAGUCUUUCCCUUAGUCACAGUCAGAGACUCUCCUAGGUAAGAGAUGGAAGUUGGAACCAUCAAUACCUGUUUAAUAUCCAUCAUACUUCGCUGUGCCCUACAUCGCCUUUUGCCUAGAUUUACCCAUUAAGUAACGAUUUCAUGGAAUUUGCCAUUGGCUGUUUUCAAAAUUACAGUUAAUAUCCAAAUAUAUUAUUUUUAAUAAUAUUAAAAUACUACUGUUUCUACUGUGCUCAUAUCAAGCUGUAUUGUGUUGUUCAUUUUGCAUUUUUACUAAACUAUAGUUAUAUAUCUCAAUCACAUAUUUUCUUAUUAUGAGCUCUUUCACCUGUGAAGUGAAGAAAACAACAAAAAAUAGAUACCUCAGUCUACUACCAUUUGAUUGCAAAAAGUUCUCUCAGUUGCACCACUGUGAUUCUUCUGUUACAUUACAAAAUAUCUUAUUGCUCUCUCUCUGCAGCUGCUAGUAAGUAACCAAUUUUAUAAUGUAGUUUAAUAGGUAUUUAGAGUAUGUCACAUGGUAAUAUCGCAGGAAAGCCCCUCUUAUUUAUAGGAACUUGGCAAUGCUGCACAUGAACAAUAGGAAGCAGAACUUGCACAACCAUUGAGAAAGAGCUGCAUUACCAGAACUGUCACUGAAUUAGGUUGUUCCUUGUUUAAACUCAGAAGGCUGACAUUUUGGGGUAAAAUCCCUUGUUAUCUCUAGUAGACACCUAAUCAUUUGCUGUGUGUGACUUAAAUUUGACAACCUAAUUAAUGUCUCAUUUUUUUAAUGUUCUUAACCUUCCUGGUGUGAUGCGGCUGGUGGUCAGGAGCUGCGCAGUCACCCUCCACACUUGGUGGAAGUGAGAGGCCCUGCAGCCGCAGCGUGCAAAGCAGAUGAGCUGGAGGGAGGACAUGACCCCUCUCAUGUGCUGCUAACCACUGCAGUGGGAGCUGGAGGAUGUGGCAUGCUGACAAGCAGGUCAUUUGUGGACAGGGAGCUGUUUGGAUGCACCAUAAGGCCUUCAGGAGUUCAUGAGCGGAACACCUUUCCCUGCCUUGAGUGUCACCUCAUGGAACCCUCUGAGCAGCCUAGGCAGUGGGCACCAAGGGCUGGCAGAUCCAUGGCAGCAGCUGCCAGGCCCUCUUAUCCACAGCAGCGAUGUCCAAUGGGGGCUGCAGCCAGGAAGUGCAGCUGGAGGUACUGCAUGUCCUCCUCAGCAGGUUUUCCCUACUUGCACAGCAUCACUACGUGCUCACUUCCUCAGUAACACUGCUCUCUGCUAUGAAGCAGCUGCCUGGCUCAGCCUUAAUGGCUGCUUCAUGAUAGCUGUGGCCAGAGUCUGUCUGUAAUUGAGGGUCUGAAAACCUGCCCAGCUCUCAGAUACAUAAGGAGUUGUUCAGGAAUACAGACCAACGCAUUGAGCAUGUCAUGGGCUUUGCAGCCUCUACUUCUCCCAGACUCCUCUGAGCUUUGCAGCCCAGAACACUACCAGAAGCCCUCCUAAAAUACCCUUCUCUAAACCUUUACUGUCCAAGGGUGCAAAUAGCGAUCAUAUUUAGUGCAAAUCUUGCAAUAAGCACAUAUGCUGUCCAGUUCACUAGAUGAGAAAAAAGGAAGUGAAUUUUCUCAAGUCAGAUUUCCUGGUGCCCAUAUAUUUCAUUAAGCAAGACACUUUAAAAAAGUGUUCAUAGAGCUGUUUCCUGGGGAGUUUUCGAGACGUACAGGACAUGAAUAGCUGGCUGAAAUACUGAAACACUGUUGUGCUAAUGUCUGAAUUUAUAAAACUUUUCUCAAGAGCUCCUCUCACAGAAAUCACAGGACUAAAAGCGUAUAUGAAAACAACAUCUUGUAUUGACUUUGUUUAUAUUUGGUCAGACCAGAAUUUUAAUUGUAAAGGAUAUGCUAAAUGAGUUUUCGUGGCUAAAAAGCACAAAAUCAAUCUUGAAACCUUUCACAUAUUUCUGUGUGAUAAGAUCAUAAGACAGAUAAGACAGAGGUAAGAGCUUUAUUUCUUAACUGUGAAUGGAGAAAUAUUUUCUUUAAGUGCAUUCCAGAGGGACCUCAACAAACUUGAAAGCUGGGCCUAUGUGAAUCUUGAGGUUCAAUGUAGUAAAGUGCAACAUUUUGCACUUGGGUUGCUGUAAUCCGAGAUACAUGUACGGACUGGCAGAACUCCUUGAGAGUAACCCGGUGGAAAAGGACCUGGACAACUAAAAAUGGAACAUGAGCCAGUAGUAUGCUCUUGCAACUCAGAAAGCCAAUGGUAUCCUGGGCUCCAUCAGGAGAGGGGUGGCCAGCAGAAUCUGGGAGGUGAUUACCCCUCUCUGCCCUCAUGAGGCCUCAUCUGGAGUACUAUGUCCAGGUCUGGGGCCCCCAAUACACAAAAGACAUAAAAAGGGUCCAGAGGGGGGACACAAAGAUGAUCAGAGAACUAGAACACCUCCCCAAUGAAAAGAGGUUGAGGGAGUUGAGCUUGUUUAGCCUGGUGUAAUAUGAUGGAAAGCACAACAAUGUCAGCAGAAUAGCGAAGUCCUAGGAUACAGCAAGUGAGAACUUGCUCAACUACAACAGCUAUGGGCACAGAAACAAAGGAAAGAACUCGCUCACCUUUACAAUCUCCAGCAAGAUAUACUUACCCCCACUGCCAACCCUUAAAUGAAGUCUGGGAAGGGGUGAAUCCUGGCUCCAUUCCUUCCGGUCACUCAGGGGCAUUGCAUGAACCUGAGCUCCCCCAGGCUGGCCCUGCCUUCCCACCAAGUGCUCAAUCACUCGUUCAGGCCAUGACUUAGCAUUUCUGCUACACCUGGAGAAGAGAAGGAUGUGAGGAAACAUCACGGCAGCAUUCCAGUAUAUAAAAGGGGAUUAUAAACAGGUGGAGAAUCAACUUUUUACAAGGGUAGAUAGGGAUAGGACAAGGGGGAAGG